CAACAGUUCCCACGGCUACUAACAAACUGACACACUUCACGACCUCAUUCCUUGUGGAAUGCCCCUCGCAACAAAGAAAGCGCCCUGUCGGUCUCAGCCCGCACCACCCUCAAUGAAGCGGCCCGGCUGCGAACACCUGUCAGGCAGUCCAUGGCCCGCCGCGCCACGUCGCUUGCCUGCGCUCCCCUUCUUCCCACCAGCCUCGCCCCCCUCGUGUGACUUCGUUCCCCCCGUGGUGGUGGCGCCCUCUGCUGCUUGGCGAAGAGGUCUUCCAGCCGUCGAUACUCCACGAGCUCUCGCUCCAGGGACAGCCUGAAGGCCUCGAUGACGCCCACGUUGACCACAUCGAUCUGGCACCUCGGCUGGACUGUCGCCAUGCCCUCACUGCCCUGCUGCUCGUCUCCGAUGCCGUCACAGCCGUCUGAUGAUGCCCGGCUGGUGGAAGGGGCAGCUGCAUUGACGAAGGACGAGAGGGCGCUGACGAGUAGGUGGACUGGCGAUGGGUCGUUGGUGCGCACGGUGAGAGGGAGAGAAGAGGCCGGCUGCGCUGAGAGGUCGACUUCGAUCUCCAGGUCUAGUCGUGAGCUGGGGGAUGGAAUGAAGAGGAGCUUCGAGGGCGGUAGGUCGUCUGCCGGCCUGCGGACAAGUGUCUGGCGGCGGAGGGAAGGGGAACGGUACGGAGACACGAGGGUGAAAUUGAGGGACCACGUCAGGAAAUGCGUCAUCUGGGGAAGGAACAAACGACAAUACCAAGGUCCCAUGUCUAUAUGUUGUGUUUUCUCGCCACACCUGUGCGAUGGUCGAAUUGGGGAGGUUUGGCCAUGUCGGUGCAGACGAUGUCAAGUGAAGCCGAUACUCAUGCGUGAAGUAGCGUAGGCCAACAGGCUGACAAAUAACAUAACAAGUCAGUGGGGCACGUGUACAUGUUUGCAGUGCAGUAGUUGUCACCUGGAGCGAGCGGCAUGGGAGUGAUGACUGCAGCGGUCGACGCAAAAGGUCGAUCAGUGGCACGUCAAUCCGCACCUUGGCGGCCUUCGUGGCCCAAUCGACCAUUUUGCCGCCCACACGACGCACGUCCGACAAAGGCAUCUGUCGAUUCGACAGAGGCACCAUCCACACGACCAACAAAUCCAAAGACAGCACGCCUGACAAAGCAACAAGGGACAGAAAGGAUGGUCACCAUGGCUUCCCAACCCUCCCCUUAUUGCAACAGUCCUACCAGAUGUCUGUGCGAUAGCAGAGGCACCGUUCAUCAGCUGCUCGCACCCACAGUGACCGAAUGUGAUCCGUCCGCACACCGUCGCGCUCUCCCCCUUCCACAAUCUUGCGAUCACGGCGCUGUCAGUCCGCACCCCAUCCACCGCCCCCGUGCGCUGCAUCCCACUCGCGAGGCAGAUAUUGACAGCAGGAAGCGUCGGUGGCGUCUCCCCCUCGCUAUCGAUGUCGUCCUCUGCUUGAACGGCUGGCAGAGAGACCGACACGGACACAUCUAUGCCGCCCACCCCAUGGACAUCCCAUCUGGUGGCUCCAACAGUGAGCGGCGGCACCAGUGGAUCACCUGCAUCAUCGGGAGGGCCGAUGCUAGCUUGGGGCCCCUCGAGUGGCUGGCCGGCGAUGCGCUCUAGGUAAGCGAGAGGCGAGGGCUCAUCAAAUGGGUAGUGGGGAGGCGGAUCACUGCUGCUGUCCACGCCAUGUCGACGCUCGAUGGAGCGUAUCAGGUCUCGCUGCAUCUUGACCACCUUCUUCAGCCGCUCCUGCUCCUCCUGAGCAGUCUUGACACAUGCCUCGGCAGCCGCGAUGACGCUCUCAGGCAGCCCGCCAGCUGGGAGGUCGCCCGACGGCCGCGAUGUGGGAUCAUUCAGUCCCCCCAUAUCCCCACUUUCCUCCCUCACGCGAUGCCACCGCAGGCCAUCCUGACCGAUGUUGACCACAUGGAUGCCUCCGUCCUUCUCAGUCAGCGCAGUCAAGAAGCCGCUCUCGCCCUCAAAUGGCCCGACCGCUCCCCGGCCCCGCCACCAGACGCCCUUGACGUCGCCCACUCCAUCCACCUGGCGACGCACAAACACGGCUAUCCGCGUGGCUGAUGGUGUUGAUGGAAGGAGGUCCAUGCGGGGACGUGUGGAGGGAGUGGUGAUGUGGUGGUCGACGGCUCUGGUGGACGCCUCCAUGGCGAUCGCUGGGCUGUGGAAGGGCAGGAGGCGACGCAAGCCGGUCGAUGUGAGGGAGAAAUCGACAGCGAGCAGCUGGGUGGAGCCCUCACUGCUCUUGACGGUGAAACAGCACGACCACGACAGACAGGAUGGGGAGAGCGCAGGGCGCGAGAACUGGAUGUCGACUGUGGUGAGCUGUGGGCGGUGCAGCCUGCCAAGAUCCGCUGGAGGGAAGAUGGGGACGAUGGCAAAGCUCGUCACGCAGAACAUGAGCAGCUGGGACGCGUCAGAUGCAAACCAGGCGGCGGCUCUGGUGCCACCCCCCUCUUCGCUGUUGACCAGCACUGCCAGCACCAGCACCAUGGCUGAAUCGGCCUGCCGCCCCAAGGUCCGACCCGUUACCCACACUCGAAUGACAUUGACGCCCACACUCGAAUGACAUUGACUCCAAUGCGUCCAGAAGCUCCGGAGGACCUCACCCGGCUGCCCCCCUCCAACGCCCUCUCCGGUUGCCACUGACCACUGCGGCCGGUCCCUCGUCUGCUGAAUGAGGACGGGAUGGCCGUCGACCUGACCGAUGAAGAGCGAGUUGAGGGAUAGAGGAGGGUCUGCAGCAGGGGCAAAUGAAGGUGGGACGGUUGCUUGCGGCUGGAUCCAUGGAGCGUCAUCCUUGCCGAUCUCCUUCUCGACGCACCCAUCUCUUCCAACCGGACACUCGAUGAGAAGCGUUCCGCCACGCUCCUCCUCCCCAUCAUCUUCUGUAGUCUUCACGCGGCAUAGCAAUCGAGGACCAUCCACAAUGUGGACGCUGUCGCUGUCAUUCUCGAAGGUGAGCUGCCGCAGCCGAACUCGAAGCAAGGCGAUGGGUGCCGAGGAGCCGUCCGCAGGAAGGAGAUACAGCGACAGCAGGGAGCUGCUGGGCUGAAGAGCAAGGAAGACUCUCUUGGCUGACGGGCAUGACAGCCUGCACACGCUCAAAGCCGAGAUACGCGCCGCACCGCCAUCAAGGUUGAUGGUCGUAGAUCCAGAGUUAAUGCGGCCAUCCGCUUGGAAACGGAUGAAAUCGACUCGUACGGGGCUUGUGUUGUCACGAACAAGGACCAGAGUGUCGUCGAUGAAGGCAGAAUGCAUCUGCAC